AUGGCAAAGUUAUCGAUAGUUCAUGGAUCAGAAGAGUCGCCUCUAUGGCCCAAGCGGCUGGGCGAUCUGAUCGAAGAUCAGGCUAGCAGCUUCGGCGAUCGCACGGCGGUGGUCACCCCAUGGCAAAACAAGAGAUUAUCCUUCAAUGAUUUGGCGCAGAGCAGCAAAGUUCUGGCCAAUGCCAUGGUCCGCGCUGGGUUGCGACUCGGCGAUUGUGUUGCGGUCAUGGCUGGGAACCGGUAUGAAUAUAUUGAGGCGUUCCUGGCUGGAGGGAGGAUCGGGUGCCCGGUGCUACCAAUUAACAACGCAUAUACCCCGGCGGAAGUCUUGAGAGCUCUGCAGAGAAGUUCGUGCAAAUUAUUGUUUAUCGCCUCAGAUAUUGGCCCUCGCAGCUUGUCAGCGCAUAUACAAGUCCUUCUCUCAUCCGACUCGGAAAAUAUACUGCCAGAUCUGUCAACCAUUGUGGGUUUCGAUGUCACACAAAUUAAUACGCGAAUCCAGAGUUAUAAAGAAUUUCUAGCCUCCGGAGCGACGGGCGACGAGAUGAGUUUCGUGGAGUCUGCCGAGCGAAUAGUGCGACCAUCCGACAGCCUCAGCUACCAAUUCACGUCUGGUACGAGCGGAGAGCCAAAACUGUCAAUGCUCUCACAUAGGGGCCUAAUAAAUAAUGCCCGUCUGGUGGGCGAUGGCAUGCGACUCACUCCGGAAGAUGUAGUCUGCUGCCCGCCACCAUUGUUCCACACCUUCGGUCUGGUACUCGGCUUCCUCAAUGCCUUCACCCACGGCAGUUUGAUCGUCUUCCCCUCAGAUCAGUUCAACGCCGAACAGACCAUCGAUGCGGUCGCCCAGGAAAAGGCCACGGCCUUGUUAGGCGUACCAACUAUGUUCGUGGCGGAACUGGAAGUCUGUGACGAAAGAAAAAUAGAGAUCGCAACUGUGCGGACCGGGCUUGCGGCUGGAUCGCCUGUGUCGGAGACGCUGCUGAGCCGACUGGAGGAGCGGUUGGGUUGCAAGGGGAUGCUGAUUGCGUACGGAAUGACCGAGACUAGUCCUGUGACCUUUAUGACUUCGCUGGAUGAUCCUAGGGAAAAGGCAAUGACGAGCUUAGGCAGAGUCCUUCCACAUACCUCGGCUAAAAUUAUCGACGAGAAUGGGGUCAUUGUCCGUCGAGGAGAGACUGGCGAGCUGUGUACCAGCGGGUAUGGCUUGCAGAAAGGGUACUUUAAUAAUGAGACGAAGACCAAGGAGGCGAUGCGACAUGAUGCAGAUGGGAGGUUAUGGAUGCAUACGGGUGACCAGUGCUACAUCGAUGCUGAGGGUUACUGCCACAUCAGCGGGCGGACCAAGGAUAUCAUUAUUCGAGGUGGUGAAAACAUGUUCCCACUCGAGAUUGAAGAGCGAUUGCUCCUUCAUCCCGCCAUCACAGAGGUCAGUGUUGUGGGAGUUGCCGAUCCAAAGUACGGCCAGGUGGUGGGCUGCUUCCUAAAGCUGGCCACGAGUCACACCAGGCCCGAGGAUCAAGAAUUGAGGGACUGGGUUCGCGCAGAAUUAAGCUGGCACAAAGCACCUCAGUAUAUCUUCUGGGUUGGUGAGGGAGGCAUAUGUCCCGAAUUUCCGAAAACCGCCAGUGGCAAGCACCAGAAACACAUAAUGGAGAAAUUAGCCAACACAAGUCUGUUUGGGAAUGUCUCCGCAGAAAAACCGCUGGUUCCUUUGGGAUUCUCGAUUUUUGGUUUGUCAUUAUGUCUGAUUCCGGUGGCGUUGUAUCUGUCCAUGUGGGAGUGA